CUCUGGCUUUCUCUCCUUAGUUCGAAGCACACUCGUCGUUUGACCUUCGAGCUUCGAAGAAGUAAGGAGGAGGAGGAGCAGCAGCAGGAGGCGGCGGAGAGAGGCUUUCGCGGCGGAGAUGGAGAGCGCGACGAAGGGCGCGAGGGACGGAGCGAGCGUGCUGGACACCAAGGCCGCCGUCGGAGGCGGCGUCGAGGACGCGUACGGCGAGGAUCGCGCCACCGAGGACCAGCUCGUCACUCCCUGGACCUUAUCCGUCGCCAGUGGGUACUCUUUAUUGAGAGAUCCUCGCCAUAACAAGGGGCUCGCUUUCACUGAGAAAGAGAGAGAUGCCCACUACUUGUGUGGCCUGUUGCCUCCUACUGUUGUGUCUCAGCAAGUUCAGGAGAAGAAACUGAUGAAAAAUCUUCGGCAAUAUCAAGUUCCAUUGCAGAAGUAUAUGGCCCUGAUGGACCUGGAGGAGAGAAAUGAACGGCUUUUCUACAAGCUUCUUAUUGAUAAUGUCGAGGAGUUGCUUCCAAUUGUCUAUACUCCAACCGUCGGUGAGGCUUGCCAAAAAUAUGGAAGUAUCUUCCGGCGACCUCAGGGUUUAUUUAUAAGCUUAAAAGAGAAGGGUAAAAUUUUGGAAGUGUUGAAGAACUGGCCAGAGCGGAGUAUCCAAGUGAUAGUCGUGACUGAUGGAGAGAGGAUCUUAGGACUUGGUGAUCUCGGAUGCCAGGGUAUGGGCAUCCCUGUUGGGAAAUUAUCGCUGUACACAGCUCUUGGAGGAGUUCGUCCUUCAGCAUGCUUGCCGAUAACAAUAGAUGUGGGAACAAACAAUGAGCAGUUGUUACAGAAUGAGUUUUACAUUGGCCUCAGACAGAAAAGAGCCACUGGACAGGAAUAUGCUGAUUUUCUUAAUGAGUUUAUGAGUGCUGUCAAGCAGAACUAUGGAGAAAAAGUCCUUGUGCAGUUUGAGGAUUUUGCAAACCACAAUGCCUUUGAACUGCUUACAAAAUAUCGCGCAACUCAUCUCGUCUUCAAUGAUGAUAUACAGGGAACGGCAGCUGUUGUUCUCGCAGGAGUUGUUGCUGCACUGAAAUUACUAGGCGGCACCCUGGCAGAUCACACUUUCUUGUUCCUCGGUGCUGGGGAGGCUGGAACGGGCAUAGCUGAGCUUAUAGCUCUUGAGAUGUCAAAGCAGGUGAAAGCUCCUGUGGAGGAGACUCGUAAGAAGAUCUGGCUGGUCGACUCUAAGGGGUUGAUUGUUGGUUCUAGGAAAGAAUCGCUUCAACACUUUAAGAAGCCAUGGGCUCAUGAACACGAACCUGUCAAGGAUCUCUUAGGUGCUGUCAAGGCAAUCAAGCCGACAAUUCUGAUUGGAUCCUCUGGAGUAGGAAAGACAUUUACGAAGGAGGUCAUUGAGACACUGUGCUCCUUUAACGAGAAACCUCUUAUCUUGGCUUUAUCCAACCCAACAUCGCAAUCUGAGUGUACUGCUGAAGAAGCUUAUACCUGGAGUAAGGGUCGUGCGAUGUUUGCCAGUGGAAGUCCUUUCGAUCCAGUGGAGUUGGAGGGCAAAGUCUUUGUUCCUGGCCAGGCCAACAAUGCUUACAUUUUCCCUGGAUUUGGUCUCGGUGUGGUCAUGUGUGGGGCGAUUCGAGUCCAUGAUGAAAUGCUUCUGGCAGCCUCGGAAGCGUUGGCCGGGCAAGUGACGCAGGAGAACUUUGAGAAGGGACUGAUUUACCCGCCGUUCUCCAAUAUUAGGAAAAUCUCCGCCAACAUAGCUGCGAAAGUCGCUGCCAAGGCAUAUGAACUCGGCUUGGCAUCGCAUCUUCCUCGCCCCGAGAAUCUCGUCAAGUAUGCCGAGAGCUGCAUGUACAGCCCAGUGUACCGAAACUAUCGCUAGAGUAAAUUGGACGUCUGCUACCGGUAUGUAGUUACGUGAGCCUCGUUCUCGAAGUGCUUGUAACAAUAAAUCUGUCACGAGCUAGCUAUUCACCCCACUUUCGUUAUGCUAAGUCUUGUGGAGUUUUUUUGUA